AUGUUUUUACUCAAGCGAGGAGCUGAAUCACAAGCGAGCGAAAAGAACAAUGGAUCAAACAAUGAAUAUUUUCUUAAUUUUAAUCAUUCAGGAUCGCCAUCAUCGAUGCUAAGAAGUGCAACUGCCACGACCGCUCAAGGCUUGCAAAAAUUAUUUAAUCAUCAUAAAGCAUCGGAAGAGGCAGAUAUAAACGAUAUUAUUACAGAAAACGAAUUUAAACAAAUUGUAAAUUUUAGAAGAUUAUUUGAACAUAUUAAACGAAUGGAAGAUACGGUAAAAGGAGAAAAAGUUCAAUUUCAGAAGUUAUUAAUAUUUUGUGAAGAUGCUGAAAAGUUAUUAAUUGCAGUGGAAGAGCCUUUUAUUAAAGCCUAUGGAGUGGAUGCAUAUAAUCAAAUAGAAGAAGAGUUUCAUAUGGUCUCAAAAAGAAUACGCACUAAUCAUAAACAAUUCAACAAGGAAUAUUUAUCAACAACGUGCCAAACCAUCUCUGAUGAGACCACUCAACUUCCCAAUAUUGAACCUCUCACUAAUUGUACAAGAAACAUCCAAAAGCAAUUAUUGGAUCAGAGAAGAAAUGAAUCUUCACUAAUUGAAGAGUAUGGAGAACUACUUGAAGAAGUGGAUGAAACAGCAGUGGACGAGGAUGUCGAAGAGCAAGAUAAAGCCACAGAAGAAUUGUCCAAAUUAACCUCAAUGCUCAAACAGAAAGCAAUUGAGGUGAACCAAGCAAUUCAAACGGAUGUAAAUAUGAUGAAACGCAGCAGCGUGAUUUUGGAAGAGAGUAAGAGUGCUCUUGACACAGCCCAACAACGAUUAGACUCUCAGAUCGAUACAGCCAAGUCUUAUCUGUACUCUCAUAUGGUAUUCCUUAUUGUUGUGAUUGUAUCAUUUCUGGCCAUGAUUGUGAUCAUCUCUAUAUUCCCUCGCCUUGUGUAG